GCGCAGUGUGGGGGCGAGAGGGUGACGAUGGCCGCGGGACGGCUAGCUUCUCUCUGGCGGGGCUUGGCGGCCUCCCUGAAGGUCCCGGUAACGUUGAACGCCUCGCUGACCCCCGCCGCCAGCCCGGGGUUUACUCUCAGUUUGUUAAACAAGAAUACAGCCAACAUCACACCCCUCCACCAAUAUAAAUUAAUUCAUACCACUUUGUCAAGGAAAGGACUAGAAGAAUUUUUUGAUGACCCAAAAAACUGGGGAGAAGAAACAGUCAAAUCAGGUGCUGCGUGGACCUGUGAACAGUUGAGGUACAAGAGUAACGAAGAUUUACAUAAACUUUGGUACGUCCUACUGAAAGAAAGAAAUAUGCUUCUCACUUUAGAGCAGGAGGCCAAAAGACAGAGAUUGCCAAUGCCGAGUCCGGAGCGAUUAGACAAGGUGUCAGAGUCUAUGGAUGCUUUGGAUAAAGUUAUUCAGGAAAGAGAUGAUGCUUUGAGACUUCUUCAGACAGGUCAAGAAAGGCCAAGACCAGGUGCUUGGAGAAAAGACAUUUUUGGACGGAUCAUCUGGCACAAGUACAAGCAGUGGCCAAUACCUUGGUACCUAAACAGAAGAUACAACAGGAAAAAGUUCUAUUCGAUGCCUUAUGUGGAACAGUUUGUCAGACUGAGGCUUGAGAAGUACUUACGUGGUGAAGCCAAGAAGAAGAAUUUGCAGAAGAAGAAAGAGAAAAUGCUUCGAAGUAAAUUUCCACACAUGUCUGUGGAAGCCCAAAAUUGAAAUCUAACCAAGGAUACAGUGGACUCCUUUUCUUUUCCUACUACUAUUUCACCUCAGUAAAAUUGAACUUUUCACUUAA